GACAUGCGUCAUCCAUUUGGGCACUAGGCGUGUCCAUAAUACCUCUCCCUGAGUAAACAGCCAGGUAGCCAAAUAGGUGAAAAUAUAUAGCAUGUGGCAGUUCCAUGGAAAAUAGAUGUGUUGAAUUAUAGCCUAUGGAUAUAUUAUCUACUCUAACCAGUCUUAUGUAAACAACGUGUAGAGUUGUGUUUUGUCAUAGCACGUACAACAGGUAGUCAGGUAAACGGCUGACAUUGGCAACCAAGCUUUUGUUUAACUUGCAAUCAGGCUACACAGCAGUAAUAAUCAUGAAGGCAUUCACAGUUGCAAUUUUUCUUCUUUUGUUCAUGCAUCAGACAGUUGCAGCAAAUGGGCGCUCAGAUCAAACUACUGUUAUCAAAACACUGGGAGCGAAUAUUCUACUUCCGUGUUGGAACACUGCGAUUAAUGUGACUCCCUCCUUCACGGGAUGGAUGAAGAAUGGACAGUUUAUCAUUGGCCGAAAUCAUUCCAUAAUUCUAACACCUUCAAGUGAAGGGCACCUGACGAUACAGUACAAUCAAAGCUUGUACAUCAAUGGACUAGCUUUGUCAGAUGAGGGGACCUAUCUUUGUGAUUCCUUACCCCAUGACAACAAAACUCAAACAAGUCUGACAUUGCGAAUAGUCAGUGGUCCUGAAAAUGGCAUCACAGACAUCCACCCAGCCACAACCCUUUCCAAUGGAACCCUUGUCGUCCACAGGGGUUCCACUGUGUUGUUCAACUGCUCCAGCUGGUCUUAUCCCUCCCAGAGUCUGUCCUGGGGGUUUCAGGGUGUGGCGUCCAGCAACGACUCCCUGACAGCGGGCAGUGGGUCCUGGCUGGACUUCAGGAUAGAGGACAUCCAACCCACAGCUCAGGGGAACUAUAGCUGUAGAGCCCAGAACUCAGUUUCCAAGAAGGCAGUUGACUGGAGCAGAGAGCUGCUUGUAUACUAUUCCCCAGAGAAGCAACCGGAGUGUCAGUGGAAGGUAUGGAAGAACCUGUCCCAUGUCCAGUUUAACUGCAGCUGGUUUGGAGGCUACCCCUCUCCCACGUUACUCUGGGGGGAGAAACAUCAAGAGCCAGCGAGACAGGGGAACCAGGUGGCAGGACAGCUGAUGGAGUCGGAGGUGACAGACAGUCUGGUGGUGAAUCUGAACAGGUCGUUGUUGUUUGACGGGCAGACGCUCAAGUGUGAUGGGCAUCACCCUAUGAUCAGUGCAGAAGACGAGAAGUUCUGCUCCUUCACCCUCAAGUCUCCCUAUCCUGAAGGGGAACCACUGGUCACAGCUCUCGAAGGCACCAACAUCACAUUAACCUGUACAGAGUCCAGCUCCCGGCCUCCAGCCCUCACCACCUGGCAGAGGACAGCCCAGCAGGAGGACGUGGUACCCAGCCCCAAGUAUGUCCUGUCAGAGCAGGGCCCCACCUUCACCCUCACCAUAGUCAACGUCGCCAAGCAGGACGAGGGCCUCUACUUCUGCAGGAGCGAGAACCCACUGAUGGUCCGCGAGCUGGAGAUCUAUUUAACAGUUACGACCUCUUCUCAAUACACUGGAGCAAUCAUUGGGAUAUUCCUAGCCCUUUUGGUCGUAGGAUCUGGGAUUGUUAUCGCUAAAACAAUAUAUUCCAGCCGUGACCGAAUUUGCCUGGGUAAUGGAUGUGAGCGAAUGGAGGAGGAGAGAGGAGAUGUGUUGAGCCUGGUAGAGUCCGAUGAAGAGGAGGUGUUUCAUCAAGCAGUACCCAGACUGCCACCUCUACCUCUGACUAAUGGACACAACACUACACUUGUACAAAUACAUAGAAUCUCAUCCAAUGACCAUGAAGAUGAAGAAAUUGUUGAACAUCCAUUACAGCUAGAAACUACAGAUAUGGAAGAACUUGUCACAUUUUAGGUGUUGGAAGAUUGUUUUUAUGUAAUUCUUUAAAGCAUAUCAUAGAGAACAUUUUACUACGUAUGAAACUGUGAGAAGAUGUGUAAUUAUAGGUGGUUGGCUUUUACAGUAGCCUAUGUAGAUGUAUGGGUCUGCUUUUUACUGUCCAUUUCACUUUUUGGUUUUCACUUAAGGCUUAUUCAUUGAUCAUUAACAGGGUUAUUUAAAUGAAUUGUUGCCAUUUGUCUCAUUAAAUGACAUUUUUGACAGUAA